AUGCUUGAAUUUCUUGAAAAUACUGAUCAAUGUUGGGUACCUCCAAAAUGUUCUGUUCUUGAACAAUUUCAUUUUCGUGUUGUCUUACCAUUACUUAAUACUACUCGUGUAUUUUAUAAUACCAUCAUUAAACAUGUUAUUAAAGAUAAACGUGGUAGAUGUAUCAUUCAAAUAAAUGCUAUACAACGUAUUCCACAUCAAUUGUUCAUUGAUAAUUGUCAAUUUUUAUCCGAAGAAUUACCUGAUUGGUAUUCGGAAAAAGAUAGUGCAUGGUAUUAUAAAAGCCAAUUAAUAUUUAUAAAUAUAUCAUUUGUUAUUGAAGGAACUUCAUGA